CGUCGUCUUCUUCGUCGUCGUGUUUUUUGAGCUUUUGCUGCGAGCGAUUUCUCCUCUUCUUCAACGCGAGCAGAGUCCAAUGUCGACAGCGAUAAUAAGAGCUAGCGGAAUGACGCGAUCCCUAAUACGACCUGGCUAUCUGCGUGCUUCUUGACUCAAUUGAUUUGGAGGAGAACUUAUGCUACUUCCCUCCCUAAUCCUGCUUCUUUACCAGCGCAAAAACCCCAACCAUUCCCGGUCCAUCGAAGCUCUUAUGCCCAUUUAUAACACCUAAUCAAUAAAGUUGAUCAAGAACUGGAGAAAUUGAAGGCGCGACGAUCGAGAGUAAAAUGGGGAGUUACAAGUACUGCUGCUGCUUCACGAGAAAGUUCCGGUGGGAUGAGGCGGACCCGCCGGCCGAUCUGAAGGCGGCAUUCGAUGCACUCGCCGACGAAAGGGGUCAGAUUGGUCCGGAACAGCUCCGACGCUUCUUGAAUGAGAUGCAGGGAGACGAUGAUGUCGAGCAGGUUAUAGAGAAGAUUCUGCAGCAGCCGCAUCGCCGACAAUCAGGCAAGGUUUCACGGCAGAUUUUUGUUCUUCAGGACUUGUAUCAUUAUCUGUUCUCCGAUGAACUCAACCCGCCGAUCCAAUCUCAGGUUCAUCAAGAUAUGAGUGCUCCUCUAUCCCACUAUUUCAUAUAUACUGGCCAUAAUUCAUAUUUGACUGGAAAUCAACUGAGCAGUGAUUGCAGUGAUGUGCCGAUCAUCAAAGCUCUGCAGAGGGGUGUGAGAGUAAUUGAACUCGACAUGUGGCCAAAUUCCACCAAAGAUAAUGUGGAUAUACUUCAUGGAAGGACACUAACCUCACCUGUGGAUUUGCUUAAAUGUUUGAAGUCUAUCAAAGAAUAUGCUUUUGUAGCAUCUCCAUACCCUGUUGUCAUAACUCUAGAGGACCACUUAACUCCACAUCUUCAGGCUAAAGUUGCUGAGAUGGUCAUCGAAACAUUUGGAGAAAUGCUCUAUUACCCCAACUCUGAGACUCAUGAAGUCUUUCCUUCACCUGAAUCUCUAAAGCGGAGGAUUAUUCUUUCAACCAAACCUCCUAAAGAGUAUCUUGAGACUUUGAGUUCCAAGAAAGAGAAAGAAUAUCAAAAUAGGAGUAUCUCUAUUGAGGAAGACGAUUGGGGGGAGCUCCCAGAUAUGAAAGCUCAAAUUGAAUCUUAUGAGCAUGAGGAUGACAAGAGUGAUCAAGAUGCUGCUGAUGAUGAUCUUGCCGCUGAGGAUGAUGAUGAACAUAAAAUACGCCAAGCUCCUGCGCCAGAGUAUAAGCAUCUGAUAACUAUAAGGGCUGGGAAACCAAAGGGUUCCUUAAAAGAUGCACUGAAGGUGGAUUCCAAUACAGUCAGACGACUUAGUUUGAGUGAACAAGAACUUGCCAAGGCCGCAGCUUCUCAUGGGCCUGAUCUAGUCAGGUUCACUCAAAGGAAUAUGCUUCGGAUUUAUCCUAAGGGCACACGUGUUACCUCAUCUAAUUACAAUCCUUUGAUUGGUUGGAUGCAUGGUGCUCAAAUGGUUGCCUUCAACAUGCAGGGCUAUGGAAGGUCGCUAUGGUUGAUGCAUGGAUUUUAUAAAGCCAAUGGGGGAUGUGGAUUUGUGAAGAAGCCUGAUUUCAUGCUACAGGAUGGCCCUCAUGGUGAAGUUUUUAAUCCCAGAGCUAAUCUGCCGAUCAAGAAAACGCUGAAGGUUAAAGUGUAUCUGGGAGAUGGAUGGCGGCUUGACUUCAAGCAGACACAUUUUGACGCAUACUCCCCGCCAGACUUCUAUACCAAGGUUGGAAUAGCCGGCGUUCCAGCAGACUGUAUAACAAAGAAAACAAAGACCGUAGAAGAUAAUUGGGCGCCAGUAUGGGAUGAGGAAUUCACUUUUGCACUACGAGUGCCAGAACUGGCAUUGCUUCGCAUCGAAGUGCACGAGUAUGAUAUGUCUGAGAAGGAUGACUUUGGGGGACAGACCUGCUUGCCAGUGUGUGAGUUAAGACCGGGGAUAAGGGCGGUGCCGUUGUUCGACCGCAAGGGCAUGAAGUUCAAGUCUGUAAAGCUUCUCACGCUCAUCGAGUUUAUUUGAGAUUAGUUGCAUCUGAUUGUUUUGUUCUGUUCUUCCCAAUCCUUUUUUGUUACUGAAAAUGGGAAAAAAUUUGCGUGCGAUAAACGUACGCAGCGCUGCAUACGAUAAACGUACGCAGCGCUGCAUACGAUAUUGGGGUUAUACCGAGGGUACAAGGGGGUUAUAUCCGCUGUAUAACCCCUUGUAACAUCCCCGUAACAUUCUGUAACAUAUCUGUAACCUAAAAUAAGUUUUGCAUAUAUUAAGAAUUUAUUAGUAGGUUACGGAUAAGUUAUAGAAGGUUACAGGGAGGUUACAAAGGGCUAUACCGCGGAUAUAACCCCCUUGUACCCUCGGUAUAACCUUAAUAUAGUACGCAGCGCUGCGUACGUCUAUCACACGCAAAUUUUUUCCCUGAAAAUGAGGGGGCUUUAGGCUGUGGAUUUUGUUUAUUUGUACGUGUGUUUACCUACAUACCGCCUAAUUCCUUAUAUUUACAUAUCUAACACCAAAAUUUUACUUUUUACAUUAAGACCUCUGAAAUCUUUUGUAUCACGUCGAGAGUACCCGCCAUUUUAACUUCUAAAAAGUGAAGCACACUUCUUUUUUAAUUGGGCAUGUGAGAAUUGAAGUUUUGGUGGUAGAUAUGUAAAAACAUAGGGAUUGAGUGGGAUGUAUGUUAAUCUUUCUUAUUUGUAUGUAUCAUUUGAUUUGAGUUGUCAUUGAGUUUUACUAUAUU